AUGGUGAAAGCUUUCACUGCUUUCGCUCAACCGAACCAAGCUUCAUCGAUACGCUUUGUCGGACCAUCAUCAGAGUCGGCACCAACAAACGAUGGACAACGUAUCAUUAACGGAACGGAAACCACUAUUGAGGAGUAUCCGUUUAUGGCUUCCGUUCGGAAGUCAGAUGGCACUUUUUAUUGUGGAGGAACCAUUUUAAGCCGCAAUUGGAUCAUGACAUCCGCCGCUUGUGUAUCUCUCAACAUUAGACCGACUAUUCAAGUUGGCCGAACCAAUAUCAGUGAAGAAUUUGACGAAUCGGUGUUCCAAGUCGAGCGACUUAUUCGGCAUCCAAACUUCACGAACAGUAUAUACGAUAGCUAUACUUACGACAUUGCCCUGUUAAAGUUGGAACGACCACUGGAAUUCAGUGAAUCGAUUCAACCGGUGAAGCUUCCUAAGCCAUACUUCGAGGUGGAUGAUGCGGAUCUUGGGGUUACUCUUGUUGGGUGGGGUGAAAUCGAAGAUGGGACUCUUCAGGAUAUCCUACGAAAGGUGGAUUAUUACGUAGUUCCAAACGAACAGUGCGCCGAUAUCCAUAGUUACAAAAUCUUUCCGACUCAAAUUUGCGCAGCGUAUCCUGGUGGCGGGAAAGGACAGUGCAAUGGUGAUGGUGGUGGACCAUUGUUACACCAUGGUAUUCAGGUUGGAAUCGGCUCUUGGAGUAUCAAACCUUGCGGAAUUGCACCGUACCCAGGAGUAUUGACAAAAGUGUCACACUAUCUCGAUUUCAUUUAUCAGCACACUGAUGUAGAACCGCCGAUAGAUCCCCCAAAAGAAGAACAGUGGCUGGCUGAACCGAUUCGUUCGCUAUAA